AUGUCUCUUCAUGAGUGGUUCGGAGAACGCGAAGUACUACUCACGGGAGUUACCAGUGAGGUAGGCCGCGCUAUUCUCGAAAAGAUUUUACGUGCUUUUCCAAAGAUUAAAGUUUAUGCAGUUCUGAGGUCGCGUUCAGGUUAUAACAAGGAUGAUCGGAUUAAGAGGAUUUUCCUUUCUCCCGGAUACGAGAGACUUCGACUUGAGGAUCCGAAUGCACUUUCGCGUGUGAGGUCCAUAGAGGGAAAUCUCCUUUACGAGAGCCUUGGACUAAGUAAAGAAGAUCAGGCUCUUCUGGCAAAUGUCAGCGUCGUGUUUCAUGCAGCUGGACCACAUGACACUGUCCUCGAGUUCUGUCAAGACCUACCUAACCUCAAAGUGGUUGCAGCAGCCACUAACCUCUUUAGAUAUAGGGGGCAAAUUGCUGAAACUUUACUCAAUGAACAAGUACCUGAUGUUCCACUAGCUUUAAUUCGACUCCCCAUUGUGGGUCCCGUUUACAAGGAACCAAUGCCAGGCUAUGUUGAAGUCAUAAAAGGACCAACGGCCCUAAUGGUUGGCGCUGGAUUUGCAUUUGGACACGCGGACUAUCAGGCUGAAAUUAUUCCCGUUGAUCUCGCUGUUAAUACACUUAUUGUCUCCGCAUGGGAACGUGGUUUAAGAAGCAAAUAUGACAAAGUGUCAGUUUACAACGCGACUUCAAUUGGAUGCUCAUGGGGCGAACUUGUUACAUAUGGAAAUCGAGGAAAUCUAAAAUUUACAUAUCCAACAUUUGGUUUUCGUGGAAUGACGAAUAAUGUCGUGCUCCACUGGUUAGCCGUCUUUUUCACUGACUGGCUACCGUCCGUCAUCUGUGAUACAAUCUUGAAUUUGUUUGGUGCAAAACAGAGGAUCGUUGCUGAACACGUCCGAGUGCAAAAUGCGCUUCGCUCUCUGAAGUCAGUUGCAUCCAAGUCGUGGUCAGUUGAGAGAAAUCACGUCAAUCGACUUUACAAGCGCCUUAGUCCAAUGGAUCAGGAAACAUUUCCCCUCGAAGCUGAUAUCGAUGUUGAAUCCUACGUUUUGUGCGCUGCUGCCGCAAGCAGAAAAUACUGUGUGGAUGAAAAUAACAUUAAAAUUGUUCGAGGUUUUACCAGAGCUAUUAUCUUUCUUGCUAUUGUCAUUUUUUGCUUUACAUUUCUUUUUUAGUUUGAGAGAGAAAAAAAUGUAAAAGAAAAAUGGACAACAACAAUAAAAAAAAAACGUAUCUAAAAACAUCGUUCGAACGUAAUCGAAAAAAAUAUUCUGAAAAUUGAAAAAAUAGAAAAAAAGUAAAAAUAGAAAAAAUAGAAAAAAGUAAAAAUUUAAAAAAUUAAUAAUGUAAAAAAUGUAAAAAAAUUUAAUUGUACUGUUUUUAAGUACAAAUUCUUAUAGGAAAACUAUUUAAUUUUUUGAAGAAAUAUUUCUAGCAGGAGAGACUAAAAUUAAUGUAUUUAU